AUGUUGAAUCUGAAAGGAGGGACGAGACCACCAUGGGUGGGACUUGGAGCUGCUGUGUGGAUUCAAAUUGCUUCAGGAAAUGGCUACACUUUCUCUCUUUACUCUCACUCCUUGAAAUCUGUUCUUGGUUUCAACCAAAGCCAGAUUACCCUGCUUGGUGUUGCCAAUGAUAUUGGUGAGAAUGUUGGCCUCCUUCCUGGUCUUGCAUGCAACAAGUUCCCACCUUGGCUUAUCCUUUUCAUCGGUUCUCUCUUCUCUUUCCUUGGUUUUGGUGUUCUCUGGCUCGCUAUCAGCAACACACUUCAGAUUCCUUACUAUUUGCUAUGGUUUGCCCUCGCUGUUGCUACCAACAGUUGUGCAUGGCUAUCCACUGCUAUUCUUGUGACCAACAUGAGAAAUUUCCCUGUCAGUAGAGGCACAGUUGCAGGAAUACUAAAAGGUUAUGCGGGGCUCAGUGCUGCAGUUUUUACUGAAAUUUACAGCAUAGUUCUUCAUAAUUCUUCUUCCAAGUUCCUUUUGUUCCUUGCCAUUGGUAUUCCUGUUUUAUGCUUCUGUAUGAUGUUUCUUGUUCGCCCUUGUACUCCAGCUUCUGGUCAAGAUUCUGCAGAAAAGGGGCAUUUUCUUUUUAUCCAAGGUUCAAGUGUGGCCUUGGGUUUAUGUAUACUUGUAACAACAGUACUUGGCAAGAUUCUCCACAUAAGUGAUGUAGUGUCAUAUAUUUUGGUGGCUGUGACGAUUCUUCUUCUCAUGGCUCCACUUGCAAUCCCUAUAAAGAUGACACUGUGUCCCAGAAAAGCCACCGAAUCAGAAACACCUGAGCAACAAGUUGGAUCUUCAGAAUGUCUGAUUCAAGAUGGCAAAGAAGAUAAUACGAAGCCCCUGCUAUCAUCUUCAUCAGCUAGUGGCCUUGGAAGUUUUUAUGAUACGGAUGGUUCAUCUGAGGUGGCUAUGCUUCUUGCUGUGGGUGAGGGAGCAGUAAAAAAGAAGAGAAGGCCCAAAAGAGGGGAAGAUUUUAAAUUCACUGAGGCUAUAGUAAAGGCCGAUUACUGGCUACUAUUUUUUGUUUACUUUGUUGGUGUUGGAACUGGGGUUACUGUUCUUAAUAAUCUGGCUCAAAUAGGCAUUGCACAAGGUGUGGAAGAUACCACCAUCUUAUUGUCACUUUUCAGCUUUUUCAAUUUUGUGGGUAGGCUUGGUGGAGGAAUUGUUUCAGAACAUUUUGUCAGGACGAAAACGAUCCCACGGACAGUUUGGAUGACAUGCUCGCAGAUAAUUAUGAUCAUCUUGUACCUUGUGUUUGCCUAUGCUAUCAAUGGAACCCUUUAUCCUGCAAUUGCAUUUCUUGGUAUCUGCUAUGGCGUGCAAUUCUCCAUAGUGGUUCCCACUGUUUCGGAGCUUUUUGGUUUGAAGCACUUUGGCUUGUUGAGCAACUUCAUGGCCUUGGGAAAUCCACUUGGUGCGUUCCUUUUCUCAGCUCUUCUGGCAGGGCAUAUAUAUGAUAAUGAGUCAGCAAAGCAGCAUGGUCUAGGCCUCAUUGCAUCGAGUGUUUCAUGCGUUGGUCCAAAUUGUUUUAAGAUCACCUUUUUUACUCUGGCUGGUGUGUGUGCUGCGGGUACCAUCUCGAGCAUUAUCUUGUCUAUCAGAAUUAAGCCUGUUUACCAAAUGCUUUAUUCUGGGGGUUCUUUCAAGCUACCUCAAACGUCAGGACCCUAAGAAGUACUGAAGUUGAAGAACGAAUAAAGCAUAUUCCUCCUCAGUUACUCCUCUAGACAAACCUGUUGCAAAUGCAUAUCUAUAUAUGUAUAUAUAUAUAUAUAUAUAUACAUAUGGGGUAGGAUCAUUUGACACCGGUUUGACACUUCAUCUGAGCGCCAUUGAUCAUCAAUCUAAUAGACAAGAAAUUUUGGCUUCGACGGGUGUGACCCUACUGGUUUAGUAUAAUAAAGUUUAGAGUUUUGGUAUUUCUCCUGUAAAAUUCUUGUUUUAGCAUGAAUGUUACGUGGAGAUGAGGUAUUGGGUACUGAGAAGUGAGGAAGGUAAAUUAUCUGAUAUGUUUUUGUAUGCACAUGGAUGAAAAGGAAUUAAUCUAUCAUAUACUUGG